UCACGUCAAGACACGUUGCUCUCGCGAUAUUUGACGGAGCUGAGUUCCCGGCAGAAAACAUGGCAGGAGAACAGGGACGGAAGUGGGAUCGUUGCCUCGCAGAUACAGCUGUGAAAACAGUAACUGGCCUUGGUGUGGGCAUCAUGUUCUCUAUCCUUUUUUUUAAACGUCGGACGUGGCCUGUGUCAUUGGGUUCAGGUCUGGGACUUGGCAUGGGAUACGCCAACUGCCAGCAUGAGUUCAGGUCACCGUACCUGAUUCACGGACGUCUGGUUAAGGACCAGUAAUGAAGGACUAAAGAUGAUGAGGAUUCGCCACAGAGUCGCUCAUCUGUUUUUCAGUUGUCUUUGUUUUCUGUGCUGUUCCUCUCUGCCAUGGUGCUGGUGUCCAACGAUGCACGUGUUUGUAACAAAAGAGAAGUCAAAAUACUUAAUAAAGUCAUAAUGGAAAACUCUG